AUGGCUGAUGCAUUUGUAGCUGAUCUAGCCAGCGGACUGGUUCGCAAGCUUAUUUCACUUGCUACUGAAGAAGUUAUUCAGGCCUGGAAUCUUUCUGAAGAUCUAUUAACACUGCGCGAAAGGCUCAAACUCAAAGCUGUGGCACAUGUUGCUGAUGUUUUUAUGGAUCAGCUGGCUUAUGAAGUUACUCGACAAAAGGCGGCUAAUAAGAUCAAGACUAUUCAUAAAUCCUUUGACAAGAUUUUUAAAUGGGCGGCAGAUCUUGGACUGCAACCCAUAGCACAAUUGAGUGCAACUGUACAAGUGAGAGGGAUCCGUCACACCGCGCCCUUUGAAGACGAGACACAAGUAGUCGGAAGAGAUGAAGAUGUAUCAAAUUUAGUUCAUGUCUUGUCUGAAAUUCAUGAUGAGGAUUUACUGGUCGUUGCUGUAGCAGGGAUGGGGGGUCAAGGUAAGACAACUCUUGCUCGCAUGGUUUACAAUAAAGAUGUUGUGAUCAAUAUAUUUCCAAAGAGGAUAUGGGUUACUGUAUCAGAUGAUUUUGAUUUUAUGAAGAUUUUGAAUCAGAUGGUAGGAUCGCUUACUUUAACCACUUCAGUGUUGGAUAACACCGAAGCAGUGAUCAAAAAUCUUCAAAAACAUCUAAAGGGGGUAAAGGUUUUACUUGUACUGGAUGAUGUAUGGAAUGAGAAAGCAGAUAAGUGGGAUAGCUUGAUGAAUUCUUUGCUUGGAGUUGGUUGUGCCAAAGGAAGCAGCAUUCUAGUGACCACGCGUAACCAGGAAGUCAUCGAUGCCAUGCAAUGUUCUGUUUGUUAUAGGGUUGAAAAACUUUCAGAAGAAUAUAGUUGGGCACUAUUCAAGCAAAGAGCAUUUACACAUGGAGGAGUUUUAGAGACCAGGGAAUUCGUAGACUUGGGAAGAAGAAUGGUGGAAAGGUGUGGCGGCCUGCCUCUGGCAAUAAAAACAUUAGGGGGUUUAUUGUACUCAAAGAAGUCGGAGGAAGAGUGGCUGUUGAUCUUAAACAGUGAAGUAUGGAAAUGA